AUAAUAUUUUUAAACUAAUAUACAGUAAUUUUGAUCAUAACUGUGUGUAUGAUUCAAGAUUAUAAAAAUUUUGUUGUAAUCUUUACUACGAUAUUUUUCUUCGUGUAGGAAAAAGGUAAAAUAUUUUCUUUAAAAUAUAACACAAGAAACAUAAAAACAUAAAAAGUACUUGUAUUCUAAAAAGAACAUUUUGCGAUUUUCCUUCCACUAUUUUUUUUACAAUACAUAAAUAAAACGCAUAGUCGACAUGACUUUUGGGCCAACUUGCUGCGCACGGACUCCUCUGCUUCUCAAUCAUAAAUAUCAUUCUAAAGAAACACAAUUACGUGUUUAUAAGGUGGACCAGGCGAUAACGAAUGCCAUUUUACGGAGCGGAGUCCAAAUACUAUCCGGAUGGUACAUGAUCGAUUGGACUCUGACGCAAGAUGCAGAUGAACAGAUUGCGAUCAAAAGUGUCACGAUUGAAAAAGAUGGCGAGAUGAGAACGAUAGUCUGCGACGUUCUUCUGAACUUUCACGAGAAGACGAUCAACUUAGACGCGUUUUUAGCAUUCUGCCGUGCCGGUCUCAUUUUCAACGACUCGCUGAUUAUAGACCCGGAGUGUCGUACGAACGAUCCGUUUAUUUUCGCCGCUGGUACCGUGACGAAAUACUCCAAAAAGUUCCGCGCCGAGUCCUCGCAACACAUUUAUUUCAGUAGCGCGGAGGUCGGCGAGAGACUCGCCGAGAUAUUACGAAGAGUGGUCGACGUUCAACGGAACGACAAGGAAACUUCUGAGCUGUGGCAGAAAGGAAAAACAAGCUUGACACAUCCGGUGUUUCGUGCACCCGUCGUAAUCGCCUGCAUUCUGCCAGGGAAUUAUUAUUAUUUGCACGUGCGCAAACCCGGAAAAGAAAUUUCGUGCGAGACUGCGAUCAAUCAGAAGUCCUCCGGCGAAGUGUUCGUAACAGGCUCUUGCACAUCCAAAGCUGGAUACUUUCGUAUUCGAUUGAAUCUUUCCAACUCCGUAGAUACCGUAACGUGCGUCAGUAAAAAGACAUUUGAAGUGCAAGAUAUGAUCGCUUUGUAUGGCAAGCACGAGAGUAUGCUGAACGAACUGAAAUUUCGCUUUAAAAAGUUACCUAUUUCGGAUUUCUACUCCUACUUCCAUGAACCCUGGGCCGCGGCUAUUUUCCAUGACAGAUUUGAGCGUAUGCGCGCCGAAAACCGUGGCAUCUUGCUGUCGCAAAUGUGUACUCAUAGUUUGGUCGAUGAUUGCAUGUGCGCUUUAAUCAUGUCUGAAUGGCAAGAGGCUCGAACUCUGCGUAGAUAUCGGAGCAGCAUCGACGAUAUAUCGAGUCAAGAUACGCUGGUUCGGUUUAUCAUGGAGAGCUUGAGGACAAUCUUAUGAAGUUUCUGGAAUUUUACGAAACUGAGCUGCCGAUGUAUUGUACUCCGUUUAAGCAGCGACAAAUGUAUAUGGACAUCGAAGAGAGUCCGUUAUAUUUUGAACAAUAAAACAUUCUUAUGAGGUGCAUCAGAGGAACAUAUUUUCUACCAAACUUGAGAAUGAAAAUAAAUGAAAUCGUGUUUCCAAUUUGUAUAAAUUUCAUUUUUCAUUUCUUGUAAAAAACUUUCAUUUUUUGUAAAAAACAAAACAAACUUAUUUAAAAUAUGUAAAGGACAAAAAUUAAAAAGGUUAGGAAAAAUAAUAUAUAUAUAUAUGUGUAUAUAUUUUUAAUAAAAUAUAUAAAAUAUAAAAGGUAAUUAAAACAUAUCCGAUAUUAAUAAAUUGCGAGAAAAAGAUGACAUUUUGUCUACAUUGACAAUUUUUUAUUUUUUAGUCAUCUUUUAAACAUCCAUAUAAGGUUU